CUGUUUUGCCCUAAUCCACAGCGGGCGCCUCUCCCCCUGCAUCGCGAAUACUCGGCUCCGCCCCCGCGGCCUCUCGAACACUCCCAAACCCUAGCUUUGGCGUGAACCCCAUGUCGGGGUCGUACGGAUCCGACGACUACCGCGGCGGCGGCUACGGCGGCCGAGGCGGCGGCGGCGGCGGAGGUGGUCGUGGGCGCGGAGGUGGUGGAGGAUAUGGCGGCAGCGGUGGCGGUGGUGGAGGAUAUGGAGCUGGUGGCGGCGGUGGGGGAGGGUACGGCGGUGGCGGUAGAGGGGGUGGUGGAGGAGGAGGAGGCUACGGCGGCGGUGGCGGAGGCGGCGGGAGAGGUGGCGGGCGCGGGGGAGGACGCGAAGGUGACUGGACUUGCCCUGAUGCAAGCUGCCUUAAUGUGAACUUUGCAAGGAGGACUGAGUGCAAUAAGUGUGGGGCAGUUAACCCAAGUGGAGGUGGAGGUGGUGGUGGUGGCGGCGGGUACGAUAGGUCUGGUGGAGGUGGAGGGUACAGUCGUGGUGGUGGUGAUCAUGGUUCAGGGGGUGGUGGCUACAGCAGAGGUGAUGGGGAUUACAACUCUGGUGGUCGUGAUGGUGGUGCCGGGGGAGCAAGAGGAGGGUACAAUCGUGAUGGUGGGAGCGGCCGUGGUUUUGAUGACCACCGUGGUGGGAGCGGUGGUGGUUAUGGCGGAAGAGGCCAAGAGAACAACCAAGGUGACGGUGGCUAUGGGCAGGCUCCCCCUAAAGGCCCUCCAUCCUAUGGCGGUCCUCCAGGUGACUACGCACCGCCCCCAAGUUCCUAUGGAGGCAACAGUGUGUACAGUUCAGACUCUGCAGUGCCACCCCCUAACAGCUAUGGUGGCGGUCGAGGCCCUUACCCACCAAGCUAUGGAGCCCCACCUCCGAAUCCAUAUGGUGGCGGUGCCCCAGGGGGGCAAGGAGGCCUGCCACCUACAUAUGAUGGUGGUUAUGGUGGUCGGUCUGUGCCUGGGGGUGGAGGCGCAGGUGGUGCUCCACCUCCUUAUCAUGGCGGAGGCGGAGGCGGUGGUGGUUAUUCUGCAAAUGCUGCCCCUGAACCUACAAAGGUUAAGCAGUGUGAUGCAAACUGUGAUGAUUCCUGCGACAAUGCAAGGAUUUACAUCUCAAACCUGCCUCCUGAUGUGACUGUUGAGGAACUGCAAGAGCUUUUUGGAGGAAUUGGCCAGGUUGGAAGGAUCAAGCAAAAACGUGGCUACAAAGACCAGUGGCCCUGGAACAUAAAAAUCUACACUGAUGAUUCUGGGAAAGCCAAAGGAGAUGCUUGCCUUGCUUAUGAAGAUCCUUCUGCUGCUCAUUCAGCUGGUGGAUUCUACAACGAUUAUGACAUGAGAGGCCGUAAAAUUAGUGUUGUGAUGGCUGAGAAAUCAGCACCUAGAGCUCCUACAUCUGGUCAUGGAGGCGGACGUGGUGGAGGCGGCGGCUAUGGCGGGGAUAGACGCAGAGAUGGAGGAGGCCAUGGGCCUAACAGAAACCAGGGUGGUGGUUCACGUUCGCGGCCGUACUGAAAAGAGUCAUAUAAUUACUAAGAUUGUCAUCUGCAAGAAACCAUUUAUAUUCAUGUUCUCUCUGGACUUGUACUCAUACAGGAGAUCGUAAGGUAGGUUGUCUGCUUUUCCUGGACUUCUGUUCCAUUGUCUUACUCCAGUGUUGGUCGGAUGUUUGUUUGUCAAAAGUGAUUGAUCUAUGUUAUGUGAAUUUUUCCUUAGAGGCAGCUGGAUAAGCUCCAAAUGCUGAUAUGUUUGAGAUGUUAUUACAGCCGGUGGAUCACUGCUGUAAGCUUUGGAUUUUGCUUUGGAGAACAGGUAGGGCGUUUUUGUUGUGUGGUUGAUUCGCUUGAUCCAGGAUAGUCUGCUAGCGGUGUGUUUCUGUGAAAAGAAUCUUCGUAGACUUGCACCUCAGUGAUUUUUUCCAUCUAUUUGUAAAAUUUAAUUUACUUGAAGUAAAGCCCUUCUGAACACGAGGAAAUUAGCAGCUCUUAACGACAUUUCCUUUAUCUAGUCCUUCCGA